ACGCGGAGGGAGAUGUAUCGCUGCGGCACGACUCUCCCGCGCUUCUAAGAUCGUGAUCGGGUUCAAGGGAUGUUUGUUUCUAGAUAGUGCGCCCUAAAAACCUUUACAGUAUUGAUAGUGUUGUGAGUAAACUGUGUAGACAUUAUAAGAAACUAGUGAAGUGUUUGUUGGGAAAAGUUGCCUUUCAGCGGAUGUGGUUGCGAUGAGAUUUGUUUGAUUUUAUGAAAUGAACAACGUUCGAGAUAAAAUCAGUUCUGUUGACUAUUGAAUGUACUGUUUGUGAAACAAGAAAGUGAUAAAGUUGAGAAAACCGUGAACUUUCUACAUUGCCGGAUGUUUUGUGAAUUUAAUGUAAUCUCCAACCAGCCAGUCGUGUUACACAAAUACUAAGAUGUUUAAGAGAUUGACGUCUUUAUUAAGAUAAUAUAAUAUUGCGUAUGGACGAAAAAAACAACGAUAGUCCAAGAGAGGCGUCAUCGCGCGCUAUUUGGACGUUUAAAAAUGUGUGGAAUGAAAGCUUCACUUCCAUCAAGAGAGAUUUGUUGGAAUCUAAAUUGACUGAUAUAAUCAAAUAUUUCUUUAACACGAGAGACCAAAAUGUUCCAAAUGUCAAUAAAAAAGUUAAUAACGGGAUUCCUAAUGAAGAGAAUUAUAGAAGUAACCUCAUAGCAAACGAAGUAACAAAUAAAGAAGAUUUAAGAAAUGAUGAAGACGAGGAAAUCAGAAAGGACGUAUGGAGUGAUGUUGAUGACGAACUAUACAUAGCCAAUUUAAUUAAACUAAGAACUUCAGAUGAAGACAAACGUGUGAAACGUGAUACAAGUGCUCACAUAAGUGUUAGUGAUAUCAGAGAUAAGGUUGUGAAUAGUGUUAAGUUAGAUUACGAGAUGUGGGAGUUAGAAACGUCGGAUCUAACGGAGUGUGACUGUCUCGGGCCACCUCCGGAGUUCCUACUGCCUCCGCCUCCGCGACCGCCUUUCCUGCAAGCAGAAUACUACUGUGGUGACGAUCCCAUCCCUGAUCUUGAGACAUGCGACACAGAACCAAAGAUAGACGCGUACAACCACAGUGGGCCGUCGUUCCAGACGUCUGCUGUGAUCGCUCUCUGCUCUGUGGUGCUGCUUGUUGGUGUGCUGGUUGGCGCUGUUCUUGUCUGGAAACAUAAGCGAAAAGUAACAAAUUUCCUGCCAUCGAAAUCAUCAGCGCCGUCACAGAGCGGUGGGUCACAGAGGCGAGCGCCACCGCAAGCACCAUUGUAUGAAGACUUACAGGACUUGCCUAGACGACCUCCGCUACCGCAUAGACCUGAUAUCGAACCACAGUUAGAAAUGGUGGAAACAAAGCGACACAACUGUCCGGGGCGAGUGUUCGUCUGUGACAGCGGGGGCACAUGGCGUGGCGGCAACCCUUGCGGUGGCGACGCGUGCGGGGCUCCGCUCUACGAGGAACUACCUCACAGAUCGGACGACUCGAUUCACAGCGACGAUCACUUCGCAGAAGAUGAAUUAAGUCUCGUCGGCGAGGCGGCUCCCUGUCGGACCUGUUCCAGGCCUACAGUACCACUUUCACUACCACAUCGUCAAAGACCACAAAGACUGGAUAGACGACCGAAGUCUUUGGAAAGACGUCGUGGUCAUCAUAGAAUGCCACGUCACAUUCAUCCACCGGAUCCUUCAGAAUUUCAUGAAGGGGUUCUUUUAGAUGCAUUGUUAAGAUUAUAUCCUCAAGUCGGUACAGUUGGGGCGAGACCACCUGGGCCAUUACCGAUGCAAGCAGGAGGCGCUUGGCCAGGAGGAGAACUUCCGGGAAUUGCCUGUUGGAGAGGACCUCGUGCUUCACCUAAACCACCUAGUGGUGACUCUUCUUUCGGAUCUGAUUCCGGAUAUAGUAAUAAUACCUGUGGAACAUGUGGCACCAGAGCGUCAUCCAGACAUCGUUUAUCAGCUGAAAUUCCAAUGUCAUGAACAAGAUAGUGAUUUUGUGAACUUUGUGUGAUAAUAUAUAAAGGUUCUGAUAUUUGACAUUCAUGACACUUAGGUAAUAUGUAGUUAUCUCGCGGCCUAAUGAAACUGAUAUUCAGUGUGGCCUCAUUUUGCCUUCUUCAGUUAAGGGUUUAAUGUAAAUGAGGAAUUCAACAGUUCCAGUAGUUACUAUGUUUCUGAAAAAUUCCUUCUACGUAGGACAGUUUUCAAUUGUAACACGUAUUUAUUUUUAAAUUGUUCUUGCCAAUGUAGGUCAUUUAAUAAUAGUGUUUAAAUAUGUAAUUGCAUAAAUAAUUUUGUACAGAAUUAACGACCAUAAAACUUAUGUAGACGUAGUGGUUUUUCUUAGUAAGUUAUUCGGAACUAGUCCUAAAUUAUGUUUGAAUUAAGAAUUGCGUUGUAAAAAUUGUGACACAUGUAAUUUGGUUGAAAGUUGUAGAUAGUGUAAAAAUAGGUAGAAACUAUUAUUUAGGGACAUUAGUAAGUUGAAUUUUAUAAUCAUAUCACAUUUUAGUAUUGGUAAUGCAUAUAUAGAAACACAAUCUUUCCAGAAGAUACAUCAUGUCCUAAUCUUCUUAUCUCUGGUGCUAUAUUUGAAUUAUCUGUCAUUUCAUAUUACUAUAUCAACAUUUAGGUCAUGUGAAACAAAAUAAUCUAUUACAUUGAUUAAUAAUUUGCACUAUUAAUCUGAACUCCCUUGAUAAAUGUUGAGGAAUUGUAAAGGUGUAUACUGAUUUACGUGGUGUAACUAUCGCAUCUAGAAGUUCAUUGUUCGCUGGUUUCCUUGUAACACCUCGAAACUGGUCACCACCUAUCUCUAAAGAGCAUUUAAUCCUAAUGUCGAUACGCACUUAAACAAUUUGUUUCUUGACCACAGAUUAUCAUCGGUUAAUGUCAAGUCUCUUACUAAAUUAUGUUUUUACAUAGUUGUCUAUCUUUUUCAUUUUGCUUUAAAUAAUUAAGACAGCAAUAUUAAUUAACAGUGAAUACUAACUAUUAGUUAUUCUACUUUACUAUGUCAAGGUCUUUAAUAGAUUUUUGAAGAUGAAAAUAUUCUGCUUUUUACCUUGAAAUGUCAAUUCAUUAAAAUGAUAGCUUUUUUUUAUUUCGAUGGGUGAAAGGCUAUUUGUUUUAAGCGCCAUUUGGUUAAAUGUUCAAGAAAGCCAUUUAAAGUUUUCAUUUUUAGAAAAAACGUCCUGAAAAUAAUUUCAAUUGAAAGAUUUUCAGACUGGUAUUUGAUUAAAAUUACUAUAAUUCUGCAUACUUCGUUAUUUAUUAACGACGCAGAAAUCUUCGCUGAUUCUGAAUAUAAAUAUAAGUUGAUAUCGCCUAAAAUGGCGGUUCAAACAACCUUUCACCCGUCGAUAUUGAAAUUAUGCAUCCCAGUGAAUUUAAUUAAAUGUUUAUUUCAUAAGAAGAAAUAUCAAAUUAAUUGUAAGUUAAGUAUCAUAUACAUAUUUCAGUUAAUAGUAUUUAUGUAUUUUGAGUUGUAAAAUGUUGUUCCUUGUUUUAUGUUUUAUA